GGUAGUUUAUCCAAACAAUCGUGCAAUCCACCUAUUUCCUUACCUUCCACCAACACCAACAUACCCUCCUCCAAGUCCAUUCCCACACCCAGCAAACACCCUUCAUUACCUAAGCAAACCGCCACAAGAUCACCACCAACCACACCACCACCACCACCACCAAAAGCAAAUCAACCCCACCACCCACCAUGCCCCCCAACAACAACAACCUCCUCCUCCUCCUCGACUUCGACACCACCAUAACCCAAUCCGACACCCUCGCCUCCCUCGUCACCCUCUCCAUCGCCGCCCUCCCAGCCACCACCCCAGCCCAAAAAACCGCCCUCACCAACCUCUGGUCCGAGAUCGUGCGCGACUACCUCGCCGCCCACGCCGCCCACCGCGCCGCCUACCGUCCCCCCGCCGAGGAGCGCACCACCCUAGCUGAGGAGCUGGAUUUUCUGGAGAGUGUGGCCGGGGUGGAGCGGGCGUCGGUUGCGAGGGUGGGGAAGGCGGGGUUCUUUCGGGGGUUGGAUGAGGGGGUGUUGGAGGGGGUUGGGAGGAGGGCGGUUGCGUUGGGGAGGGGGGAGGGUGGUGAUGAAAAUGGGGAUGGGGAUGGGGAUGGGGAUGGGGAGGUGGAGGUGGGGGUGAGGGUGAGGAAGGGGUUUGGGGAGUUGUUGGAGAGGUAUGGUGAUGGUGGAAAGGGGUGGGAUGCGGCGGUGGUGAGUGUGAAUUGGUCGGGGGCGUUUAUCAAGGGGGCUGUGGAGGCUGGGAGUGGAGGGAGGGGGAUAAAGAGAGUGGUUUCGAAUGAGAUUGGGUUUCCUGACGGGAUGGUUGAGGGGCCGCCGGAGUUGGGCAAGAAGCCGCUCACCACAGCGGGGGAUAAGUUGCGGGCGAUGGAGUCGUUGAAGACGGGGCUCGCGGAAGAAAGGGUGGUGUAUUUUGGGGAUUCCGCGACGGAUUUGGCGUGCUUGGUGGGAGCGGACUUGGGGGUGAUCAUGGCGGACGAUGGGGAAACUAAGCUGUUGAAGUUAUUGGCGAGGAUAGGGUUCGAGGUGCCGCAUGUGCAAGAGGCUAGGGAAGGAAACAAGAUGGUGUGA